AGCCGCCUUAAAUAGGCUCGGGGACUUUUUCCCUCCACAGUUCGCGAAGGUGUGUCAGUCGGUUUGACGAGGGAGUGUGUCAAAGCGAGCAAGAUGAUUAUUGACCGAGUUUCCGAGGGCUAUUCGGGCUUUGUCGACACGGACGCAGAUGUUAUGACCAGUCCAGUCCACCUCUGGUCAUUUUAUGGCUGCUCCUCCCCCUCCGAGCCGAGCAACUGUAACGGUCAGCAGUCUCCGUGGUCUCCGGGGGAGUCUGAGAGGAGCUGGAGCAGCGCGGCGAGCCCGCCGCUCACAGACAGCGGACUAUCCGGCGCCAACGUGGAGGCUCACCAGGACAGUUCAGGACUGCUGCGUCGGUACCAGGGUGUACGAGUGAAGAACACAGUCAAGGAGCUCAUUAUGCAGAAACGGAACAGCGAAGUACAGGAACAGCAGCAUAAAAACGAAAUUGAAUUCCCAGCCAUUACUUCCUUGCUCAAGUGUGGAAAAAGGCCAGCAGAGAGUGUCUUGCCUCAUCCUGUCGUUAAAAGGCCUGCUACAGCGCAAAACAAUAUUCUGUCUCCUUGCCAACUUGCCAGUGAGAAUGUCCUGAAAGACCAAAACAUCUGUAAUGGACUUGGUGACCUCUUCAUCAAUGGAGGGCUGUCUAUUGAGUCUGUGAAAGUGCAGGGCAGUACACCUCCACCUCCAGAGCUACAGGAGCCCAUGCCCACCCCCUACACUCCAGAACCCAGCCCCUUUUACAGCAGCUGCCAGCUGUCCCAGGUUACAGAGAGCCCAUACAUGUCCCCGUUCCAAAUCCCGAGUCCACAGCAUGGGUUUGGGUCCGGUGGAUCGACUCCUCCGGCUCCUCCGGUUUCUUUCUUCCAGUGGCAGAUCCAGCAAGAGGAGGAGAAGCUGGCUGGCUUAACCCCUCUGGACCUCACCUCCAGGGAUGGAGAUGGAGACACGUUCCUUCACAUUGCAGUGGCCCAGGGGAGGAGAGCUCUGGCCUAUGUCCUUGCAAAGAAAAUGGCUGACAUUGGCAUGCUUGAUCUGAAGGAACAUAACAAUCAGAGCGCGUUCCAAGUGAGUGUGGCAGCCAACCAGCACCUGAUUGCUCAAGACCUCCUGUCUCUAGGAGCCCAAUUGAACACUGUUGACUGUUGGGGCCGAUCCCCACUACACGUGUGUGCUGAGAAAGGCCACACCCUGACCUUACAGGCCAUCCAAAAGUGUGCGGUGAACAGCGGCCAGAAGGUGAACGUUGAGGCAGUCGACUAUGAUGGUCUCACCGCCCUUCACAUUGCUGUCCUCUCCCACAAUGCAGUGGUCCAGGAGCUGAGCCGCAUAGGGGCACCCCAGUCUCCCCAAACUACAGCUUUGAUGCAGAGGAGGAAGCUGCUUGGAGAAUGUAUCAACACUCUCUUGCAAAUGGGUGCCUCCUAUGGCACAGCGGAUCGCAAAAGCGGACGCACUGCCCUGCACAUGGCUGCCGAGGAAGCCAACGUCGAGCUUAUGCGACUUUUCCUGGAUCAGCCAAACUCUUUUGCUGUCAUUAAUGCCAAGGCGUAUAACGGGAACACAGCACUCCAUGUGGCCGCAGCUCAGCAGGGUCGGCAGGCGCAGGUGCACGCAGUGCAGCUGCUGAUGAGGAGAGGUGCUGACCCCAGUGCCAAGAACCUGGAGAACGAGCAGCCCAUUCAGCUGGUGCCCGAAGGACCUGUGGGGGAUCAGGUGCGUCGGAUCCUAAAAGGCCGUGCCGCUCAAGCUCGCUCUUGUCUGCUGGAGUAGGACCCGAACCACCGAUCGUUCGUCAGAAACACUGUCAGUCAGGCAGUCCGAUCUCUGUACAGUUUCAUUUGCCGGUAAAAGGCAGAUGUCAGUUGUUUCUAUGAAACAAUUACAUUUGUUCACUACUAUGUAGUUGAGAGAAAAAGGAAGGUUGAGCCCAGCGCUAGAGUGAAACGUAGGAAGUCAAGAAGAACUGUCAAACAAUAAGAGAAGUCACAAUUUCUUGAUUCGUUUGAUGGUGAAAUACAUUUGCGAUGGGCUCUGGUCAGUGAAAGUUUGUUUUGUAUUAUAACUUUGAUAUGUAGUAGUUUAUAUGUAUUUUACUCAGCAUGUAUUUAGAUAUUUGGGUUUUGUUUUGAUUUAAUUCAAGAUGAGAGAAGGAAAGGGAAGAUCAACCAUAAAAGGUCUGAGUUGUAGGCAUGAUCACACAACCUUUGCCCAGACAUUUCGUGCUUGUCAUCAGACUUGUGCUCUCUGGCAAUUUCCUGCUUUCCUUUAUCUGCUCGAGAUUGAAUUCCCAAGCAGUCCUGGAUGCCACCUGAGCCAGAAAUAGCAUGUCAUCAGAUGAGUGGUUGCUGAUUAGCUUGCAUGUGAAGUAUGGGUACAGUAGGAGAUGUCCAUUUGUUAGCUCUCUGUUUCAACCCAACUCUUAUUUUCCUGUUUUUGUAUUAUAUUUUUAAGUUCAGUGAGUUAAUGGAAAUUAGGUUCUGUUAAAUAUGAGGACAUUAGAACACAUCACACACCAGAACCAAAGUCCUCUGCAGGUUAGGCAGAGUGAUACCUGUUCUCAUCUAUUGUAUAUGACUAAUGCUCAAAAGAUAAUUCUCAAAACAGUUGUAAUGCCUUAGCUACGUGAUGAGUUUUGUUUGCCUUUAUUAGUAUAUCUUAAGGAUAAUAUAUUUGAAAUUACUCUUUCAUGUAAGGUGAAGGGAAUUUUUACUGUGUAUUUAUUGUACAACAUAUCAACAUCUAUUUUAAUUAAUCAUACAUAUAACCUAUAACAUCUUAAAUACACUGUUGGUGGAGUUGUGAAGUAUGUCUCAUAGACAGAGAAUUAAAUGUCAGACUUUUUUACUUUCUGGAUUUUUCUUUUAUGUAUAAGCUAUAUCUGUACAUCAGUCAAGAAAAUCCUGAAUAAAGACCUGAUUAUGUACAU